GUCCCAAGAUUUUGUUUCCUAUUCGGCGUGGUUUACAUAUUUACUUCCCCGUCCAUCGAUCGCUGAGACCCCCGAGGAGGCAGCUGGGGGGCGUUUAUAUCCUCUUCAUGGACGUUCCAUACCAGACGAGAGACAACAUGUUUGCUUACAACAUUCGACUUUACCAGGAAUCCGACCGACAUACGGUGCGGCAGAUGUUCGCGUCUGGUUGUUAUGAAUACAUCCCUGCAACUCUCUACUGUGCCCUAAGGCAGCCUCAGUGCUGGCUCCUCCUUAUGGCCGGACUGUUCCUUCCUUUGGUCACUACCGGAUCCUUUGCCUUCUCCAUCUUAGGUGGGAUCGGUGCCUUGCUUGUGUUAUGGAUUCCCGGUGGUGUUUUCUUCAUUUUUCAUGCUGUUCGGGGUCUGGUCAGAGAUCUGAAGGACAUCAAAAAAUAUUAUCUCGAGAGGGAAGGUUACUGCUUCUGGGUGGUGGAGUUAGGAGAAGAAGUUGUGGGCGCGGUGGCUGCUAUCCCUUAUAUUACCCUCCAUGAGAAGAACGUGGAGCUGAAGAGGAUGUUAGUAGCCGGUCACCACCGAGGCAAAGGGAUCUCUAAAUUGUUAUGUAGGACGGUGAUUGACUAUGCACGGAAAAGCGGGUGUAAUGCGGUCGUCCUGUCCACCACUUCAGUACAGUUUACCGCAAUGCGGUUGUAUGAGACGAUGGGCUUCAAGCCUUCAGACCCAGGUAUACACAAUAGUGUACUCCAACUCAUCGGAAUGUUUUGGGUUGGGUUCAGAUACGAUAUCUCCUCCCAUAGAUGAUCCUCUACAGUUGUCUACUUUGGAUGGUUGUUGUUUGUUCUUUUUGGUAUGUUCACUCUUGAUCUGUAAGGUCUAAGAAAGACAACGGCCCAGAUGAUUGCCCCAGACUGGUGCAUGGACGGGUAAGUGCAUGGAGGCAAAUAAUAAGAUACUCAACAUCUCAAGAACAUGUAGACUUUCGUAGAGAUUGGCCUAGAUUUAUCAAUCUGCUUGAGACCAAAACUGUCCUGUUUUGCCCAUAACAACCAAUCACAGCUCUUUUAUAUCUUAAGGAACUGUUGUAAAAUGAAAGCUGAGCUAUGAUUGGUUGUUGGGUCUCAGGAAGAUUGAUCAAUCUGGGCUGAUAUCUGCACCUAUAAGGAAAGUCUACAUGUUCUUGAGAUGUUGAGAGCUGUGCCUCCAGGCUCUAA